UUAUCAAUGAGGUUCAGAACCAGAGAACUCGACCUCACCAGGGCUACCGACGAGACCUUCCUCCGCUUCGGCCUCAUUGCCCUCUGCAUCGUCGAGGCCAUCUGGUCGAUCUGCAUAAUCGGCUUGACCGCAGCCGUCAUCAGUGGCCGCUCAAACGCAGAUGCGGAUGUCCCACGAAAAGCAACAGCUACAGUUGUUAUGGCCUGUACAUGCACUGUCCACGCCGGUCUCUUGAUCUUUCCCAACUUCUUCGGCGGUGCUCCAUUCUCCACAGUCUCGAUGAUUCCGGACAUUUUGUUCAGCUUGAUUGGACUAUGGGAUCACGACGGAACAAGGUCAUGCCUUUCAUUUCAGAGGAGGUGUUUCGUUGGCAAGCAAGCCCAAAAGGCGUAUUUCUUGACGGAUUGCAAACUGCUCAAAGCCAUGUUGGCGUUCAUGGUCGUCAAUUUAGUCUCUUUUAUCGCUUCGGCAGUCAUUGCCUUCUGUCUGCGCAUGGUUGAGCUAGGUUACGCCACGAGCUGGAGAAGCCUUCUCCUGAUGGAUCGAUUCAAGAAACGUGGGCGGAACCAGCACUGCCCUUGCUGUAAGCACGAUAAAAAC